GUUUAUUUUUAGCAUCCAAACGAAAAAGAAAAUAACUUUUUUUUUUUUGUGUCCCCAUACAAUUUUGGUAUGACGCAAAAAAAAAAACCGCAUGUGGCUCUGGGAACCUGCUAGUUUCUUUCCUGCAACCAAAACUGAAAGCAUAACACCAACGUUGCUAGCUUUGACAAAUAUUCCACGGCAAUGACGGGAAACUUUGUAGACGAUUUCCCGCAUGGGUUCUUUUUUAUCCGUUCCAAAGCGAAAAAGAUGGCCAUUGAUGUGUACGAUGGUGGCAUGUUGAACGAAUACAAUAUCAUCAUAUGGCCGCAGAAAAUGGUCGAUAGCAUCAAUCAGCUUUGGAUGCAUGAAGAUGGAUUCUUAAUCAAUAAAAAAUCGGGAUUAGUACUUGAUAUUCGAGGAGGUGAUAUCAAAAAGGACAAAGUCAUCAUCCAGUACGCUCGCAAACCUGGAUUAGCCCACAAUCAACGGUGGAAAUAUCAAGAUGGCUACAUUGUAUCAGCUGCAGCACCUCACUUGGUCUUAGAUAUUCGGGGAGGCGACUUUAAAGAAGGCAACCAGGUUUUCUUGAACACCAAAGAUUCUACCAGUAGCACUCAGCAAUGGUUAUUGGAACCUUUUCAAGACGCACGCUCCGAACAGGAUCUGGCUUUAUUAAGACCGCCGCCUUUGGAAAAACAUCAAUCAUGCACAUUUCCGCGACCUGAGGAACUUUACAGUUGCUAUCGAUCCGUUUUCCUUGAAAAUAAACCCGAUGCUACUCCGGAACAAGUCGCGGCGGCGGCAGGUUUCCAGGUAACAUCCCACCGAUAACCUAUUUGAUUCAUUUAUUUAUCACGGUGAAUGUUACCAGGCAAUGAGGAAUUAUAUACACGAUAAAAAGGUGACCGAGGCGAUGGAUGAGGAUCCAUACAACAGAGAAGAACUACUCCAUCGGGUAGAUCAAGAGGUGGGCUUUCCCAAAAGCAAACAUUGAAUGUGAAAUCAUACGAUAACUAAACACAGAUUGUGCUAGGUAACGCAAUUAUUGAGCC